UAGCUCUCCUCCUGCUGUCUACUGGGAUCCAGCAUUAGUGCAGCAGCUCCUCAGUGAGUUCCUUGGAUUGAUAGCAGGAUGGGGUCCCAAACAGCAGCCAGGUCCUGUGCCCAGCCGGGGCGAGUUUUACCUAUAAUGCUAUUGUGACAUUUUUGACAAAAUGUCAGCCAUGGAUACCCUCCCCCCUCCUGUCCCCUUAUCCCAGAAACCUGUCCGCAUCAUUAAAGCCAAACCUCCAAACCGUCCUCCUCCCAACUUGCCCCCAAAACCUCCCCAGAAGCCUCCUCCAUGUCCCCCCAAUCCUGUUCCGAUCCCUGUGAAGCAGUCUGUCGUGGAACUCCCAGAAUCCUGUGUGGCUGAGCCCGCUGUGUCUGGUAUUUCGGUGAAGAAGAUUGCUGGACUCUUCCAGAAGGAUUAUAUCGUGGGCAAUGGAGAGGACUCGCACCCACCCAUACCUCCUAAACCGGCGGGAAUUUUGUGCAAGGAGGAAAAGGUUCUGCCAGAGAAAACAUCGGACUCUGCAAAAUUUCCACCAGAGGUGCAAGACGAGAAGGAGAGAGUGUCGGUGUGCCCCCCUCCUCUGCCUCCCAAGCUCUCCCAGGAUCCAGGCACUUGUGAGUUCCAGACAAGACCCUGCGAGAUGCAGCCAGCCUGCCCCUCUCAAUGCUGCUGUGCCUGCCACCAGCACAGACCAGGCCUGGUAUUGGUCUGGGUCCCAGAAUCCUUUGUUUCCCAAACUAACAGUGUAAACGAGGCCUCUGAUUCCUCUGACGAUGGCGGCAUAUUUAAUCGGAUCUUAUCUAUUAACGCUGACACUGAUGAAGGAAAAUUGGGUAUAUUAAAAUCUAAGAUGUCCCCUAGUGGCAGCUACCCCGUGAGGCGGCGGUCACAGAGAUAUGGGAACCGCAGUCAGGUUAAUGAUGGGGAUGAUGUUUCAGACUCCAGAAACAGUGUUGUUUUAACCUCUUACAAGUUCACGAGUGAAUGUAGUGUAAAUGGGGAUUCGGCUUGCCCAACCCCUGAAGAGCUAGUUGUUCUGCCUCAGAGGAAGCCUCUUGUUCCACCACAUAGGAAAUUGUGGACAGAUGAAUGUGUUGAUUCUGUUUCUGAAUCUUCGGAUUCAAAAAAACUGGGUUUGAAAACAAAGUCUAAGGAUGGACAUUUAUCUGAGGGAGCUUCCGGGGAAGAAAUAAUGAAGACUGGCCUUCACCCUGUUAAUGGUCCACCAGAAGUAUUGUCCAAGGACUUUGGGCUCCAUAGACCUAUUGACUCUGCACCUGAGCUUCCUCUGUCUGGACCACCUUGCUUGAGAAGCCACAAACCAAACACAGAUCAAACCGUAGGAACCCCUUCUCACAAUUUAGAGUCAAACUUUGAAACGGACUCUUCACGUCCUGAAACUUUAAUGCUAAAAAACACUAACACUUUUGAAAUUCCACAUACAGAUGGCCCAUCAUGCAAGGAACAGGCAGACUCCCGUACCAGGAUUCGCAAACCUGCUCGUCGGAGUAAGUUGCCUCCUCCAUCUGUGAAUGGAGAGGAUCCCCCUUUAACACUGCCCCCCAAAGUACCCAGCAAGCCUCCUCGAGGAGCAGCACCUCCCCCUCCACCCGCACCACCCCCAUUUUUAAGGAAAGGAUCUUUAAAGAGGUACUCUGUGACUAACCCUGAAGAAAUGAGUGAGAGAGAUAAAAUGGGUUCAACAACAAGUCUGCCCAUUGAAUUGUCAAGUAGGACAAAAGGUAUCUGUACCAGCUCAUCAGAUGACUCAAACGAUUUAAUGGACUCCUCUCAGGAAAGCUCUGUAUUCAGGUCUCCAACCAUCAAGAGCCCAAGAUCCAUAGACUGGGAGUCUCACUUGCGGGACGAGCCACUCUAUCAGACGUACCGCCAGGCUGUGAUCACAAAGGAGAUCAGAAGACAGACCGUGACCCGAAACAGCAGCUUCACCAGCUACGACUACUCCCAUGACAGCCCUGUCUCAUCUGGUGGCUCCCCAAAACAAGGACGGAGGUCAGCAACGCAACACAACACGCUGUGGCAGGAGCUGCCCGCCGUCCGGGAGAGCGGCGUGCUGGACGGGAUGACAAACGAGCAGAAGAAGAUGCAAGAGAGCAUGUUUGAAGUUUUGACAUCGGAGGCAUCUUAUCUCCGUUCCCUUAACGUGCUGACCGAACAUUUUCUGGGAUACCGAGAUCUUCUCGAUUGCUUAAUAAUUAGAGAGAGAAAAAUUCUCUUCUCCAACAUUCUUAAAGUCAAAGAGGUCAGCGAGAGUUUUUUGUCAGAUUUGGAGGCCCGUGUCGAUGAGAGCAUACUGAUUACCGAUGUGUGUGACAUUAUACUCCAUCACGCAGUACAUCACUUCUCUGUGUAUAUCGAUUACGUGCGAAACCAGCUAUACCAGGAAAAGACGUACACUGAGCUCAUGGAGAAGAAUCCCCAGUUCCACUCAAUAUUGUGCAGGUUACAGGAUCUCCCUCAGUGUCAGCGACUUCCUUUUAUGUCUUUCCUGCUGCUGCCAUUCCAGCGAAUCACGCGGAUUAAAAUGCUGAUUGAGAAUAUUUUAAAGAGAACAGAGGAAGGCUCUGAGAGUGAGGAAAAUGCCAGUAAUGCUUUGGAAGCUGUGACAAAGAUCAUAGAGGAGUGUAACCGGGAGGUUGGACGUAUGAAGCAGACGGAGGAAUUAAUUCACAUCGCUCAGAAAAUCGAAUUUGAUAAAAUCAAGGCCAUCCCAAUUAUUUCUCAGAGUCGGUUCCUGGAGAAGCAGGGAGAGCUCAGUGAGGUACUCCAGAAGGGUAGUCUGUUUGGGAUCAAACCGACCAAACAAACACCUGUUUACUUCUUCCUAUUCAACGACUUCCUACUCAUCACCCAAAAGAAAAGUUCAGACAGGCACCUUGUCUUGGAUUAUGCUCAUCGUUCUCUAGUUCAGAUCCAAUCUUGUCCAACUAUGGAAAACAGUUUCUUCUUGACCUUGCUGGAGAAUCACCAGGGCAAGACAUGUGACCGACUCUUUAAAGCAUCCACACAAUCAGACCUUCAUCGCUGGAUGGCUGCUUUUCCCAACCAAAAAGAUGAUUCUUUCAGUGGCAGUGAGACGAUAUAUGAAGACUGGGAUUGUCCACAGGUGCAGUGUGUGGACCAGUACAGUGCUGUACAGACUGACGAGCUCAGCUUGGACCCGGCUGACAUCAUCAAUGUGCUGCGUAAGACAUCGGAGGGUUGGUAUGAGGGUAUCCGGCUGUCAGAUGGGAAGAAGGGCUGGUUUCCUGCCAGUUAUGCCCAGGAGAUAACAAAUGAACAUGUCAGGAGGAGGAAUCUACGCGAGCGUUACAGAGUCCUUCAGGCUGCUCGGCAGAUCCAGCUGGGUCAAACUGUAGAUCACAAAAAGAAAGCCAGUUCGGCAUAAAACAGUAGGGUAAUCCAGGGUGGAAUAUAAAACGUGCAAUUACUAUGAGAGCGGAUUAAUAGUGGACUCUCCGUCUCACCGGGUCAUGAAGGAUCUUCAAAACAGUUCGUCAAAUACAAGCAGGCUGGGAAAGGUGCUCUACGCGAGUCAGGCAGGCCUGUGAAAUAGUACAAAUAGUGCAUCAAAUGGGAGCUGAAGACCCCGGGGAAACUAGGCUCACUGGUCCAUAUAUCUCACAAGGUGGGGGCAUUUGUGUGGGUCCAUCAAGUCAACAGCCUGGAAAAUGAGUUUGGUAAGUUAGCCAGGGAUCCAUAUUACCAGCCACAUGGUAUAAGUGCUAAUUCCAUCUAGCGAUCCGAUUUUAUCAUCAAGAAAUGUAGCCAUCAGAAAAGGUGAAAGAUCAAAUACGCAGCUAACAUGAGAACCAUCAGGCUACACUCAUUCCGACUUGGCCAUGAGCUUAUCUGAUGUCUAGUAGCUCAUCAAACUUGAGGAACCACCAGAUGCUGAUAUACUUUAAUGAAUUUCUAAUGUACAGCCCACCGUGUUAAAUACAAAGCAAGCCUUGACGAGCUUCGUCGUAUGGUACUGGUCCCUGCAUUUCUCAUGGUUUGUGUAGUCGGUGAAGUCCUAUCCUAUACCAUGACUUGUUAAUAUUUGUACCCAGAGCAGAUUACUGACCUUGUUAGCUAAAUGUAUCCAGCUGCUGGAAGAUUGAAAUUAAGCGAUUCUGAAGACAUUAUUUAGGAGAAAUUACUGCUAUAGUAUAACAAUACUGCAAUGCAAGAAGGCUCCUGGAAGCUUCUGAGCACAGAACAUGUCCUUCAAAGAGAACUUGUUGGGUGACAUAAGUCAAUUUACUGCCAAGAUCUGAUUAG